AUCUUACGAGCAUCUCUCCUUACCAAUAAUCCGUCAUUGAGCAACACUCGACGCCAUCCCAGCAGCUACAUCCCCGUUUCGUCAAAUCCUACCCACAAUUGGCUCUAGUAAUUGAGCAGUACCGCACCUAUCAUCCUCGAAGGUCAUCCCUCUGACGUCGCCCCAACUGCCUCACUGCUUACACCCGCGACUGAUACAUCUUCAGCGGCUGAGCAAGAGCCCUCUCUUUGGACCGACAUUUGACUUCUACCCCUACACCGCACGAUGUCCUCUACGACCGACCUCCGCACUCCAGUCAUCAACAACAAGGACACCCCCGGUACGGCCAAACCCGCUAAGCGUAACACGGCAUCGCGCUCAGGCAGCAAGAAGACCCGUGUUCCUCUCAAGACCACAACGAGCUCUGCAUCCGAUCUUCCCAUCAGCACAUUCCAGUCACUUUCCGAGGGUAGACAGGACAACCUCGAUAUGACCGUACGUGGUCGCAAAAGCUCCCGCAGUCAGACGCCUCAGCUCUCUUCGGCUCAUCAGCGCCAGGGAGCCACCUCCACUUCAGUCCUACCGACCAUUGCCGGCCCGGAAGAUGCUAGUGCUAGAAUUACGUCAGGCUCAGGUCGAGACCCAUCCCAUGUCAAUCGCUGGAACCGGAUGCACGGCAGUACUCCAAUCUUGGGUCUGCCUGCGGCUCAGUACAACAACUCCUCCGACACUGAGCGAAGCAGUACCACCCCUAUGAAGGUCGAUCUCUGGGACAUACCCACUGCCGACGCAAGAGACGACACUAAAGCUUUUGCAAGCACUCGACAACAGCACUUUGGCAGCGACAAGCUCUCUGUGGACAUAGCUAGAGCCAAUGAAGGAGCACCAGGGGUCGGACAUUUCCCUUGCAGACCCACUCUCCCCUCUGUGGCCCCCACGUCUGGUUCCGGUGCUGGGCACCUCGCUGACCAUCGAUCCUCCGUUCAUCCUGACAUUGACACUGUCGCAAAGGGAGCCACUUCGGCAGUCAACAGAUCUCCAGCACCCUUCGCCGCCAGCUUCGCAGCGCCAACAGCGCUGCCAGACUCGUCCACUAUGCCGAUGCCUGUGGAAGCGAUGAUCUCAAGCGCCUCUCCCGUCAUAGACCCUCGCAUCCUCGACCAGGCUGUGCGAACAGUCCUGAGCGAACGUUUUGGAGUCAAUAGCCUUAGUCAGUUGCCGCAUCCUGUGGCCCAAUCGCUGCUGACUGGACCGCUUCCACAACUCAUCGCUACCUACCUACAAAGCGGCAGCCUCUCCGGACCUCCUCGCUCAGCACCAGCGGCGUCAACGACUGCUGCAGACAGUGAAACGAGCAGCCACGGAGCGAAAGACGGCCCGCUAGUGACCAGCCCUCAGCAUCAGCCGGCCCCUCCCAUUGCCCUGCUUCCUGCAUCACCAGCGCCCUUCCCCGCCGAUGCGUUGCCGUCGGAGAUCCAGAUCGAGCAGAACACCAACCUCUACCUCAACGGGCUAGGGGAUUAUGUCACCGACGACGAGCUUCUACGGAUUGGCUCUCAAUUCGGCGAGGUCAUCAGCCAUAAGGCCAUCAUCAACUCCGAGACAGGUCUCUGCAAAGGCUACGGCUUUAUCAUGUUCGCAUGGGCUAAGGAUGCCGCGGUCGCCAUGGUCGAGCUGCAGAAGAGGGGAUACCAGACGAGCUUCGCCCGACACGAGUCAUUCAGCGCCAAGCUUCGAAUGAUGUCCGACGUACGAUCGACGAAUGUUUACGUGAGCAAUCUUCCUCUCACUAUGACGGACCAGCAGCUCGAGCACCUCGUAGCUCCCCAUGCCAUUGUCAGUCGACGAAUACUAUCCAAGGUCGACGGGACCAGCCGAGGCGUUGGUUUUAUCCGCUUCCAUACUCGCGAGGUAGCGCAAGAAUGUAUCGACCGACUACAUGGCAAGCGACUCAUCGGCCACCCUCACCCUUUGCAGGCUCGCUUUGCCGACAGCGAGAACCAGAAGCGCCUCAAGCAAGACACUAGCCUUCGCAAAGUCUACGCAGAUCUAGACAUGGGAGUCCUUGCCAACCAUCCUGCCAGUACCAGCACUCGCCGAUCGCUUAGCCAAACAUCUCUUGGCAACCUUGCUCGCACAGUUUCUCGCGGUGCCAACAGCACGGGCAUGGCUAUGGGCAGAAGUGAUCCGGGCUCUCUUGUAGCUGGGGCUCAGCCUGGGAGUGUUGGCGGCAUUCCCAUGAUCAGCCCUACAAGCUCCCUUGCUGGCUUCUACCCUGGGCCGAUCGGUGCACCUCCAUCGCCGCUUUGGGCCGCUGCUGCUCUGAGCAAUCACAAUCAGCAAGUCUUUCCACAUUCGGGUCACAGUGUCUGGUCUCCUGCGAGUACUGCGUUCCCCAUUGCGUCUACGCCUACAACUCCCGCAGCCAUGCCUCUACCACCGUAUUGGGCCCACAAAGCGACCAGUGCAACCGGGAGUAAUGUACAGAGCAACGGGACGCCUUCGCUAAGCCCUUCGGGUAGUACCUCGACUCUGAAUUCUCCAGCGGUGUCUCUGGAUCUUUUGGGCCAGAGCGGCAGCACCGGCACCCUGAACCCACCGUCGGGUUACACACAUCUACCCAUGGGAAAUGCUGCUCAAAUCUCCGCAGCAUUCUCAACGAAUUGGGCGCUGGCAUUGUCGUCUGGUCUGGACGUCGAGAGGCAACUGAGGGAGCUGUCAAUUGCCGCGCCGCAACAGUCUCACCAUCCGUUCGCAUUUGAGCAAUCGUCGAAUGGUCCGCUCAUCAAGGAAGGGCUUCAAGGCUUCGCAUCUGCUUCGACGAUUGGCAACGCUGCCCAGGUCAAUGACUGCCCACCUCCCACCUUGUCAUCGCCCGCAGACGGGCUGAAGACGACUGGACAAGCAAUGUCUGUUUCGGCCGCUCAGACGAACAUGGCCUCAUUUCCAGUCGAAAGCGCAGUCUACGAAGCGAAUGCCGAUGAUCUACAGCGUCUGGUCCCUAAAGAGACCGCUCUUCAAGCCUCUCAGUUCGUACGAGCUAGCACCGAGAAGGCUGCCAUCCCGAUCAUCAAUCCUGACACUGGCCGAGCGUGGGUAGGUAGCAAUCCACUUCCACCUGCUACGUCGAGCGAUGAUCAGCGCCCCGAGAUCGAAGACGCCAAGGGACAAGUGCUCGUUACUGCCUCGGCCUCUGCGCCUAUUGUGACAGUUUCAUCUGGAGGCGACGCUAUUGCUGGCGGCUCUUCUCCUACCAAACGUGCCCCAGGAAACGAGGGUGGGGAGGGGUCGACGUCGGCAAUGCCCAGUUCCAACAGUGCGCCUGCUCUCCUCAGCACUAUAGAGCAGGACCCGAACCCUUCUGCAGAAGUUGAAACGAGCGCUUUGCCACGACCGUGCGCUACCGAAGUCGUCGAGUGAGCUUCGAUGCGGCUGUGUACAAAGACAACAUCAUCGAUCAAGUACACCGGUGAAGCUUGAUUCAGCCCACGAUCUUACUCUGCAUACCAUCAAUCCCCAGCAGUCAUCUGUCACUUGUUCUUAGU